AACAUGGCGGCUCCCGUUAGGAGCAUGAGCAACCCUUCUGGCAUAACUUGCAAUACAACUAGUUUUCAAAAGAAAUCUCGAAGCAAACUCGUUUCUAUCCCAGGGACGAGACCCUCUGUGCAAAACGGACAGCUUAUUGUAUCAACCGGUGUCACGUCUCUCGACUAUGUGAUCGGUGGUGGCCUGGCUGUCGGGACUCUGCUGCUUGUUGAGGAGGACCGAUAUGACAGCUACUCCCGCAUGUUGCUCAAGUACUUCCUGGCAGAGGGAGUGGUGUGUGGGCACGAGCUCUUUGUGGCAUCAGCUCAAGAUCACCCAGAUGAGAUCCUACAGGAACUUCCUGCUCCGAUCCUUGAUGAUGUCACUAGUCCUCAACCAGUUCAGGAACAGUCCCAGUCGUCUGACCCAGACAGUGGAGAAGACAUGAAAAUCGCCUGGCGGUACCAGAACCUUCCCAAAGUCCAGACUGCCCUGGCGUCCUCCGCACGGUUCGGUCAUUACUACGACGUCUCCAAGACGAUGAGCCCAGACAUGAGGCAGGCGGCCAAAUGCCACAUGUUUUACCUCCCCGAGCAGCCUCCAGAUGAGUCCACACCGACAAGUGCCAUGAGCGAGGCCUACUCCUCUCUGCUCAAGUCCAUCCAGAGGGUCAUCCAUCAGCAGGGCUUUGACGGCUCCGCUCCACAGUCCAAGAUGCGUAACGUGCUGCGGCUGGGCCUGCACUCUCUGGGCUCGGUGCUGUGGGGCGACGACCUGUGCUGCCGAGAGAGCCCCACGCGCAGCCACUCCCUCACCACCUUCCUGUACGCACUCCGCGCCCUGCUGCGCUCCUCGCUCUCCGUCGCCAUGGUCACCGUUCCCUCUCACCUCAUACAGAGCCGAGUGCUAAUGGGCCGUAUAACCCGACUCAGCGACACGGCCAUCGCUUUGGAAUCAUUCAGAGGCUCCGAGAAGGAGACCAACCCACUCUACAAAGACUACCAUGGUCUGCUCCAGGUGCAUCAGGUGCCUCAUCUGAACUGUCUCGUGUGUGAGGUCCCUGACACCAAAGACUUGGCCUUCAAACUCAAGAGGAAGCAGUUCACCAUUGAGAGGCUGCACUUGCCUCCAGACCUGUCAGACACAGUGAGUCGUGUGAGUAAAGUGGAGCUGGCAGCGGGCUGUGGUUCCACCGCCACUGGCAACAAGCACCUGGACUUCUAGAGCUUUCGCUCCUCUCUUUCCCUCCCUUUCUCUCUCCCUCUCUUUCUCCCUCUAUCUCUCUCUCCCUCUCUUUCUCCCUCCCUCUUUCUCUCUCUCCCCCUCUUCCUCUCACCCUCUCUUUCUCCCUCUUUUCCCCUCUCUCUCUCCCCCUCUUUCUCUCUCUUUUCCCCUCUCUCUCUCCCCCUCUUUCUCUCUCCCUCUCUCCCCCCUCUCUCUUCCCCCUCUCUCUUCCCUCUGCCAUACCUCCCCCUCCCUUGCCAUUUCCAUGACAUUCUAACGAGAGCUUCCAACCCCUCCCCCCACAUCAGACUUGUCUGCCUCCGCCAAACACCCCAUCUCUCUGUCUCUCUCUCUCACACACACACACACACACACACACACACACACACACACACACACACACAUACAUGCACACACGCACACACACAUACACACACAUCAUUUGUGCGCGCGCACACCAUCCCCUCUCCCUGCUCCAACAUCUCGCCUCACCAACACACAGAUACAUUGGAGUGAGAGAGAGAGAGAGAGAGAGAGAUAGAGAGAGAGAAUAUGGGAUAAACAGUGGGAGAGGAAAGGUUGGGAGACAUCAAGCAAAUGAUCAUUAAUGAAGACCGUGCUGCACACUGGGGUCCACGUCCACCCCUCAAUAGACCCUCUUAACUCCAAAGCCGAUCCCCCGUGAGCUCACAGGUGCACCUCUCACACACUCUCCCCGCUCAGGCACUCUCGUGCACCAUACGUUGCUGUUGAUGUGAAGAAAAUAAACAAUUUAGUCUUUUUCUACA